AUGGAUCCUCCGCCCGCAGACGAACCCAACCCCCAACCGGCUUCCAUUAAUCGUCGGAGCAAACCCCAGCUCUCUUGUAAUUUAUGUCGUCGGAGGAAGCUCCGAUGCGACCGCAACCAGCCUUGUUUGACAUGCACCGCUCGUGGAUUGGCACUAUCGUGUGCCUAUCCCAAUAAUCAAGCUCCACAAUCGCCUAGACCACAUGGGGCCCACAGGGCUCGCCCCCAAGCAACCGUCCAGGACCGUUUGGGUCAGCUAGAGCAGAUUGUCGUUUCGCUGAUGCAGAAGACCACCGAUGGCCAAGAUCGACCGGACCAGCAUCCAGUCGCAUCAGCUCCACAAGAUGGCCCCCAAGAAGACUCGCCGGGACUGGCCAUUAAUACUGCAGACUCUCCAGCUCAGUCCGAUGGCGGAAGUGUAUGGUUUAGCUCUUCGGACGCCCAGUAUGUCGGAGGAACCCACUGGGCCGCCAUCCUGGAUGGGAUCGCCGACAUCAAGGAGCAGCUUGAACAAGAAGAUUAUGGGAACACCGAGAAGCCUGCCAUGCUGCAUACCUUUCUGCUGUAUGGAUGUAAAUCAGCGAGUAAAGAAGAUAUCUUGGCAGCCCUGCCCGAUAGACCCGCUGUUGAUCGCUACAUUUCCCAGUACUUUAAUCGAUUGGACUUGGCGCCAUCCUGUCUACACAGUGGUCAGUUUUCACGCGAGUAUGAACGGUUCUGGGAGAAUCAAGCUCAGACCUCGAUCAUGUGGCUGGGUCUCCUUUUCUCUAUGAUAUGUCUCGCAGUGCUGGCUUCAAGUGCGGCAGACUCCAGCUCAUCCCCAGGAGUCCGCAAUCCGUUGGUGGAUACGUACCGCGAAAAGAUAGUACAAUGUCUCAUUUUGGGCGAGUACACAAAAUCUGGGCGUUACAUAUUUGAAACCCUAUAUCACUACCUGACUAUCGAGUAUUCCAUCCGAAAGGAUGCCGACCGGGACAUCUGGAUCCUCUCGGGAAUCUCGGUCAAUAUAGCUCUGCGCAUGGGUUACCACCGGGAUCCAUCGCACUUGCCAGGAAUCUCUCCAUUCACAGGAGAGAUGCGACGGCGGGCCUGGGCCACUAUCGUGCAGGGAGAUAUCCUGAUAUCCACCCAGAUGGGCAUGCCACGCAUGAUCAAGGACUGGCAAUGUGAUACCGUAGAGCCCCGUAAUCUGAAUGACUCGGACUUCCAUGAGGAUUGCACCGAGCUUCCCCCGUCCAGGCCAGAGACGGAAAUCACUACGGUUUCGCACCUGGUCGCUCGGUGGCGUAUCUUUGCCGCCUUGGGUUCGAUUGUGGAUUUCACCGCGUCGGUGCGGCCGGUGGCCUACGAUGAGGUGAUGCGACUAGAUCGCAUUCUGCGUGACGCGGAGGCGACAGUCCCUGCCUACCUCCGCAUGAAGGGCAUGGCCGCGGCGGUGACCGAUCCCCCGCAAGUGAUUAUGCAUCGGCUCUUCCUCAGACUGAUGUUCCACAAGGGUCAGAUCAUGCUACACUGCAAGUAUUUAACCCCAGACCCAUCCGCAUCUUCCAAUGACCCAGUAUCAUACUCCUACUCGCGUACCUCUUGCAUAGAGGCAGCCUUGGGUAUUUUGGAGAUUCAGCGAAUACUCGACGAGGAAACCAACCCUGAUGGUCAGCUUUAUAUGAUGCGAUGGCGGGCUUCCUCCUUCAUAAAGCAUGAGUUUCUGACAGCCACGAUGCUACUGUGCUUUCUCGCGCGACAGAGCAAUGGUAGCCCGAAUGCUUUGACCGAUGGCCACGACUUAAACCAAAUCAUGGCAGCGCUAACAAGCGCACAUGGUAUCUGGAUACGGUCAAGGAAUUCAUCGGUGGAAGCAAAGACAGCAGCAGACACUCUCAGCAUUGUCCUGGGCAUACACUCGGGUGAUUCCAAUAUGGGCGCUGAGGGCCAGGCUAUGAACAAUAAUUUCUCCCUGAAUUCAGCCCUACCGAUACCCUUCCCCGCUGGAGGUUUCAAUGGAAACGAUGUUCCCAGGCUCAACCCUCAUGAUGGAUCCGAAUCUCGCAUGGCAAUGGUAAAAGUAUUUUGA